CUGUCAGAAUCUAUCAUGGAGGCAAUCGAGCACAUGAUGGCCAACUUGGAACUGGAUGAUGUGAAGUGCAAUGUAUGCUUUCAUGUCAACCGCGAACCAUUCAUUUUUGUUCGCUGCGGCCACACAAUUUGCGCUGGCUGUGGUGGACGUUGGCUUGCCAGCUGUACUUAUUGCCCAAUGUGUCGAACUCAAGUGAAGGAGGUCGAGAUUCAUCACGAAAUGAAAGCAAAGGCGGAGGAAUAUUUGAGACGUCAUCCAGAGCAAGAAUCGCAGCACGACAUUCGUUACGAACAGAACAUGCAUGAGAUGGUCUUCUGGUCCAUUCAACAACGCAAGCAGCCAGGAGACGAAGACGUCGUGUUCUUCGGGCCACAACCAAUCAUGCCACCACACUUUUGCCCAGCGGAAGCCGCCGACUACUACGAAUCGGUUCGAAUUCACAACAUCCGGCAGCGUCUCGACGUGCUCAGAGAUCGAAUCGGUGAGCAGACCACACUUGUCCAGCAGCAGUAUCGCGAAGAAAUGUUCAAUCGUAUGUUCUAUCAGAACGAAGUCUCUUACAGAGACGAAGACCACGAGUGGCAAAUGAUCCACGGACGUGGAUUGGUCCGUGUCCCACGUGAGUCGGGGAAAAAUGCUUUUAGCGGCGAUUUUCACCGAUUUUUGCACCGAUACGGCGGGUUUUUCAUGAAAAUUUGCAACAUUUUCAGAACUGAGUACGAUGAUCCAAUUGAGAUCGUGCGAAUGGCUCGUCUCGCAGUCAAGGAAGCCAACAUGCGAGCGACAAGAAUGCAGGGACAGACUACCCAGCAGUUGAUGCAACGAGUGAAAGAUUUGAAAUAUUGGAGCGGAGAAAUUGAUAGAGAGCUUGCGGAUGUUAAGGAAGAGCACGACGAUCUUCUUCGCUGCUACCGACGUCUACAACUCUGUUUGGAUAUCACUGGUCGAGCAACUCGGUGCAACGAAAGUUGUCUCGCUGUCCGCCGCAAAAAGGUUCAAGUUGGGGACCACACCUCUGAUAGAGUUGAUAUGGAGCUUCAUAAGGAGAAGGAGUUAAUGUCAGAGACUGUGAAACAGAUGAAGGAAGUUGGAGAGCGUGUGGAGAGACAGCUGGAAGUGAACCAGGCAGCUAGGAAGAAUCUUCUCCGUGAUUUGACUUUGAAGCAAGAAGCGAUAAGUUUGGAUCACAAGUCUGUCGCUAUUGGAGCUGAUGGAACAAAGACGGUGGUUCGAACUCCAGAUGGUGAUCGCUUGGAUUUCCGCGAAGGUGCUCCUCUUCAACGUAUGAGCGAGUACUCGGAAUGGAUUGAGAAUACUGGAAACAACUUGAACUACGCGGCUCGCGCAAGAGUACAUAGUCGAAAAAUUGGACAGAAGUUGUGUCAGUCGCUUAGAGAAUUGGCGUCACAGUUGCGUACCGAAGCGAUUGCCGUGGAGGCUCUUCUGAAGGAUUCGGUCCGAAACUGGCAAGAAUGGAAGGACAAUCUGCAUUCUCAGGUCAACGGAAAAGACAAGGAAAUAAAAAAUGCCGAUGGUGCCAUUGAAGAAAUCUCGUUCAGCUUGAAGCAAAAAAGUGGACCAUUGCAAGUUGCGCUCUCUCGUCAAAAUCAACGUGGGCUCCGUCCAGGAAUCGAGUUGUGUAACGAUAAAGCACAACAUGCUCUUCAUCAAGAGUUGAUGAUGCUCAAGGGGACAUUUUUGAGUCUUGAGAAUCAAUUGGACAAGGCCAAGGAAAGUCGGAAGAAGUUGGAAAACGAUCGAGACAAGCUUCAGCGCAAGUUAGACAUCUGCGAUCACAAUUUGACUAUUGACAACGAGAUUCUUCGACAAAUUCGUUCUUCGUAUCCACACGAGAUUCAACUUUCCGGAUUUUUGCUGAGUGAAACGAAAGAGCAUCGUUGA